CUUCUUUUCUCUUCUCUAUCACUCCAUCCAUCCAUCUCACCGGCGAUUCGAUUUUCGUACUAAUAUGCUCUCCUCGAUCCUGCCGGUGAGAUCAGUAAUUUGAAAGAACAGCAAAAAAGAAUCUAGCUAGCUAGCUAGAGUUUCGUUUCUGGCCGGCGAUCUAUAUGGCGAGGAGGAGCGGCGGCGAGAGGCAGGCGAAUUCAGCAUUUACUAUGGCGGGAGGAAGCGGCGGCGGAGGGGAGCUGGAGGAGAUUUUGAUGCACGGGAGCGGAUUCUCGUUUUCGGGGACAGCUGGCGGAGGAGGGAUCUACUACGAUAUGCAGCAAAUGAUGUUGCCGCCGCCGCCGCCGCCGCUUCAGAGCGGGUUCGGUGGUGGAUUCAUGGAGCUGCUCGACGCCAGCAGUGGAUGCGCCGCGGAUUUCGGAGGAUACUCUGCUCCUUCCUCUUUGUUCGAUCUGUUUCAGACUCCGUUCCCGGCUGCCACGGUGCAGCUGGAUCUGCCGAUGUCUUCGCCGGCUGCGGGUGAGUCGUCGGAGGUCGUGAACAACCCGACGACACCGAACUCCUCGAUUUCUUCCUCGUCGAACGAAGGAGGGAACAGUAAGAAGAGCAGUAAAGACGGGAAAAAUCGCCUCAAAGAGGAAGGCGAAGAUGGUGGUGAAGAAGAAGAGGAGCAGGAUGAAGAGAAAAACACCAACAACAGCUCAAAGAAACAAGGUUGAAGGCAAAGAAGACGAAGGGCCAGAAAAGGCAAAGAGAGCCGAGAUUCGCGUUCAUGACGAAGAGCGAAGUGGAUCACUUGGACGACGGUUACCGGUGGAGGAAAUACGGCCAGAAAGCCGUCAAGAACAGCCCUUACCCUAGGAGCUACUACCGCUGCACGAGCGCGGGGUGCGGGGUGAAGAAGCGGGUGGAGAGGUCGUCCGAUGACACUUCCAUCGUCGUGACGACCUACGAGGGCCAGCACACUCAUCCUUCCCCGAUCACUCCCAGAUCGGGGGGAAGCCUCCUCAGCGGUGGAGGGAUCGGGCAUUUGUUCGCCGAUCCUGCUUUUCGCGAUCAUCAUCAGUCUGUUCUGCCGCUGCAUCAUCACUACAACCAACAGCACCACCACCAACAGCAACAACAGCAGCUUCAGAAUGCGUACAUGUACAACUCCGCGCCGUCUCUCAACAUUACCACCACCACCACCACGAGUGCUACUUCGGCGGCGUCUUUCCUGAGAGAUAAUGGGCUGCUGCAGGACAUGGUGACGUGUCAGAUGAUGGGGAAGGUUGUAGAGCCGAAGGAGGAGGAGGAGGAGCAGAGAUUCUGAGAGGAAGAGGAGGAGGAGGAGGGUAGCGAUGUAAUAUCCACCUUCCCUCUAAAACAGCUAACUUGAUGAUGGACAAUGAGGUUAAUGCCAUUCUUCUCUCUCUCAUUUGACUUGGUUUUCUUUUUGACCAUAUUUGAAUCAUGGUCGUACGUGUAGAUACGGGGACCCCUCAUCAUUGGAUGAUUAAGCGGUGAUGACUUUAUGCUUAAUUAUACUGAGCCCUUUUUUUUAAUUACUGAUCUGAUGGUGAUGAUGAUUAAUGGCGGAUCAAGGGGGAAACUAGCUAUAGUUCUACAUAUUUAUACCUUAAUAGUUAAUUCCUUCUUUCUUUUCUUUCUGGGUUCGUCUUUUUUUUUUUUUUUUUGUAUCCUAGACUCCAUAUGGAUAUUUACUAUAUAAU